CCAAGAGAAAAUAUUCAUCAAGCAACAAAAAACACACAGUUUACUCACAAGUCACAACACAAAUUAGAAGAGACAGACAGAGAGAUGGCGACGUCAGGAACAUAUGUAACAGAGGUUCCGUUGAAAGGAUCAGCAGAGAAACACUACAAAAGGUGGAAGAGUGAGAACCACCGCUUUCCAGACGCCAUAGGCCAUCACAUCCAAGGUGUCACAGUCCUCGAAGGCGAUUGGGACUCUCAUGGAUCCAUCAAGAUUUGGAACUACACAUGCGAUGGGAAACCGGAAGUGUUUAAGGAGAGGAGAGAGAUAGACGAUGAGAAUAAUGCGGUCACGGUCAGAGGUCUUGAAGGCCACGUGAUGGAGACUCUUAAGCUGUAUGACACCACCAUUCAGUUCAUUCAAAAAUCGCCUGAUGAUAUCGUUUGCAAGAUCACUAUGGUCUGGGAGAAGCGAACCGAUGACUCACCUGAGCCCAUUAACUACAUGAAGUUGGUCACGAGCAUGGUUGCUGAUAUGGACAACCACGUCCUCAAAGCUUAAAUAAAACCUCUUUAUCUUUCAAAACAUCAUCACCGGCUUCCUCUGUGUGUUGUGUGGGUGUCUUUCGUUUGUUGAAAUCAAUAUAAUAAUGGAGCCCUUGUAUGGUUUGGUUAAUUACUAUUACUGCUUGGUUUUGUAAUAUGCUUUCAUGUUUUUAGUUAUGGUGAGUAAUUAACUGCAAGGUUUCAUGUUAUGUCAUGUGUAUGUCCAUCUACACAUGUCUCCUUGUAGAAAAUGCUAUAGUGUAUAGUUUGUGUGAUAUAUAUGUUACAAAAAUCUAUAUAAAUAAAUGAAAAUAGUAUAUAUUAUUAUUA